AUGAGCUCGCCCAAGGACUACAUUCUCGAGAUCUCGCCCGCCGUCGACGUCGUCGACGACCACAACACGUUGGAGUUUUCCAUACGCCACCGCAAUGAGACGGUGUUUGACCGCUACCGGCGCCCGGUGGGCGUGGUGGCGGCGGUGGUGAUGAUGACGAUGAUUCUCGAAGUGGUGGGGUGGCCCCAGGCGAAACGGCUCCAGUUUGGCUCGUGGACAAAUGUGGUUACGUUGAUGGUUUCAGCUUUGGUAUGGGUGGCGCUGGUGCUUCGCCAAGAGCCACGUGACUCGGUGUUGGUGAUGAAAGACAUCGGGAUCCAAUUGGAACUGAUCAAGCCCUGGCGCUACCAAUCACUGGUGAAACUGUUUGUCCCCGUGGGGAGGAUCAUUGACUUAGUGCUUCAUGAAGGCUUCCACGAGUACGGCCAAGUGAUUUAUUACCUAGUGAUUCUCACCAAACCAGAUCCGAAACAAGUGAGCCAUGAUAAUAUCAUUAAAGUGGUGUUUCCUGAAUUCUUACCUCGUAAAGAUGUGCUACUAAAAGUGAGAUCGCUCUCGCGCGAUUUGCUCUUUGGCCAACGCAUGUGUUUCAGACGGGUACCAGGGCAAGGACUACGGCCUGUCCAAAAUCAUUGA